UCCGGUCACGUGACGUCGAGGAGACGAGCUGGAUUAAUUCAACGGUGAGGAGAAACAAACGGGACACAACGGCGAACGGGAAACGGAAACAACUUCGGGAUUUAACAGCACCCGAAUCCUGCAUUGGUGAACAACUUCUCUCAUAAGCCACUGAGGUGUUACAAAUAUUUGGUUGGAAAGACCUACAUGAACAGAUAGAGAUAUUUUGGUGUAAAGAUGAUUUCUCCGUGGGACAGAUGGUACACGACCAGCUGCUGUCUGUGUUGUCAUGUACGGACGGGCACCAUUAUUCUGGGCAUCUGGUAUAUGCUCAUCAAUGCCGUAGUUUUGUUAAUCCUAUUGUCGGCCCUCAAUGACCCAGUCCAAUAUCACUACCACCUUACCAGUUCCGAACUUGGCACGGAUUUGGACGUCAUGGACGAUGCAAACAUGUGUAUUGCAGCGGCAAUCUCUUUGCUGAUGAUUUUGAUUUGUGGAAUGGCAACCUACGGCGCAUACAAGCAACACGGAGCAUGGAUCAUUCCCUUCUUCUGCUAUCAGAUCUUUGACUUCGCCCUUAACACACUAGUAGCAAUAAGCGUUGUGGUCUAUCCCAACACUGUACAGGACUACCUUCAGCAGUUGCCUGGAACCUUUCCAUACAAAGAGGACUUGAUGUCCACAAACAACAUAUGCCUAGUAUUAGCAGUGCUUCUCUUUAUUGGAUGCAUCUUGGCCUUUAAGGCGUAUCUUAUUGCCUGUGUGUGGAACUGCUAUAGAUAUGUGAGUGGAAGAAGCAGUACGGAGGUCUUGGUUUAUGUAACCACAAAUGAUACUACAGUACUACUUCCACCCUACGAAGAGGCAGUCGCCAUCCCACCGAAGGAUUCGCCACCCCAAUAUACUUUAGCUUGAGAUAGACGUACCUCUAUCUUUCUCCACACUCCUCCCGAACCUUCUCCAAAGAAACAAUUUCUCGUCACAAUAUAGCCCUUUACGCCCCCCCCCCCCCCCUUUUCUGUGUGACGUAAGUGUCCUAUCCUCUCUGAUGGUGGUAGUAUGACUUUGAAAUGUUCUUCCCGCUACGAGGCUGCCCAGCUGUCCUGGCAACCCAAAGCUCGGUGUCAGCUCCAAUCUGAUUUGCACUUUCAGUAAUGAUCUGUGGCAUUGGCCUUUUUCAUACUGUGAACCCAGUAGUGUUGUCAUCUACUGAUAUGCCUGAGAUUUAAAUGCAGCGUGCACGAUAAAUAUGCGAGUUACGUAAGAGCACUUUUUCAAAUUGAAGUUAACUAGAAAUGUACUGAAUGUAAGAAAACUGUUAGUACUGUAUGAAAGAAAUAUUUAGAAAUGGUUCAGAAUAUAAACUAAAUUUGUUAUACUAACAAAGUCUUUCUUAUAUACAAAUAAUUUCCAAAUACAUGCAAUCACAGUCGUUCGCUUUCAAUGAAUUGCUUAUCAAUAGUUUCAGAGGAUGUAGUGUGAAUGAUCUAAAACCAAAUAUUUCAUGAUCUACACUCAAAAAAAUUCUCAUUUUCAACCCAGCAUUGGGUCAAAAAGAGACAAAACCAUAUCUGUUGCGUUGUAAUUUAUUCUAUGCUGGAUUUUUUUAACCCAUUGCUGAGCCAAAUAUAUAUUUGGUUUAAUUUAACCCACGGCUGGGUUCAUCCCUUUUUGACCCAAUGAUAUGUGGUGGAUCUGUAUUAAAUGAACAGUUACAGACAUGGGUAACACUUUACAAUAAGGUUAUAUUAAUAAAUGCAUUAAGUGAUAUGAACAAUAUAGUUUUCCAGCAUGUAUUAAUUCUUGUUUAUGUUAGUUAAUGUCAAUUCAUGUUCAUGGUGCAUUAAUUAAUGUUAACAGUUACGAUGCUUGAUUUUAUAAAUGUUUUAGUAAAUGCCAAAAUUAAUAUGAAGUAAGAUUAAUAAAUGCUGUAGAAAUAUUGUUCAUUGUUAGUAUAUGUUAGCUAAUGCUUUAACUAAUUGUUAACAAAUACAGCCUUAUUGUAAAGUGUUAACCAUAGCUGUUAUACAUGACAAUGAGUCUGAUUUAAAUCAAUCAAGUCUUCUUAAGUUAAAGAAGUGGUUUAAAAACACUUAAAUGAUUUUUUGGACUGUGUUUCAUGUAUCUUGCGAUUUCUGAAUAGAAAGCUGACAGUGCUCAAAAGCAUAAGGAUGUGAUUUUUGGUAUUUGUUAGGACUAAAGUACAAUAACAUUUUUGUCGUUAUGACCUAUGGCUACAGACUGCAAUGUUUUUGCACAUAUAAAUAAUAAUAAUGUGUUAUUGACUGUGUCAAAGGUGUGUUAAUCCAUAAUUGUGAGAAAUGAAAAACAAGUGAUGUGACCCCAAGUCAUUUAACAUUUAGACCUAGCUAAGAUAUCUCCAGGUGUCAUUUCCUAGCACAAGGUAACUUCUGUUAAUGGGAACAUUAUUCAUUUUUAUAUACAGUGGCUAUGCAAGGGUAUUUGUAACAUGUAUUUGUUGACAAUGACUAUAGAUCUUCAUUUAUUAGUGAUGGUAAUGUUGGGUAUAGAACCAUUAAUGAAAGUGUUAGAGAUGUAUGUAAACAUUUUACUUUGACUGUACUCUGUGUGUAGACUUCCAUCUUCAAUGUAGCAUAUUAAUUCAGUGUUUUAUUGUGUUUAAAGCGGUUUACCUAUAAAAGUCACAAAAUAACACAACACAUCAAUAUUGUGCUUAUUUGGAAUAAACAUAACCUGUAGAUUUUAUUACAAUACUUUCAUAAUAUUCCUGGUAAACACAUUUUUUAUUAAUGGUUAGCACAAAAUUAAUUCACGAAAACAAGGUUGUUUGGUAGAAUGUGUUUGUUUUUCUGGUGUUAUACUGGCUUUCUAAAUAAUAAAAUAUUACAGUAAGGCUUC